GCCACAACACAGCUGGUCUGGCAGCGCGAGGGGGCCAUGGCGACCUACGUGCAGCUGAACACCGGAGCCAAGAUGCCCAUCCUGGGGCUGGGAACAUGGAAGUCCCCACCAGGGCAAGUGACAGCUGCAGUGAUGGCUGCAAUCGAUGCUGGAUACCGCCACUUUGAUGGUGCCUAUGUGUACCAGAAUGAGAAGGAGGUUGGGGAUGGGAUCCAGCAGAAAAUCAAGGAAGGUGUUGUGAAGCGAGAGGACCUCUUCAUUGUCAGUAAGCUGUUUUCCACAUUUCCAUGAAAAAACAAUCUUGUGAAGGGAGCCUGCCAGAAAACUCUUGCUGAUCUAAAACUGGAUUACCUGGAUCUUUAUCUCAUCCACUGGCCUUCUGGCUUCAAGGCUGGAGAUGUCCUGUUUCCCACAGAUGACAACGGCAUG